AGACGGAUCCGUGAAGAGGAGCACACUUACUCACUCCACUCCACUUCUUUAAUCUGCAGACCCUUCACAACAUACCACUUUCAACAGUACAUCUCGUCCUCCAUACCUAGGUACCUCUCAACACACAUCAUGGCCACCUGCCCAGUCAUCGGAACUACCAACAGCGUCCUCCCGCCCAACCACCCGGAGGUCGACCUCAACGUUGACGGUCAGACGUGUCCCGUCGUCGGCGCAACCACCGACCAUCACCACAAUCUCGACAAGCACCCUAAAAUACCUGGCCUUGACAGCACCGAAGCCACCUCCUGCCCUGCUUUAAAGUCCGCCGUCUCGGAGCCUAAGGCUCAAGAGCUCGACGAUGCUCUCUGCCCCGUCGUUGGCACUGCGACCACAGUGCUUCCGCCCGACCACCCCGAUAUGCUGAAGGCUGGGCCGGACGACGUCUGCCCGGUCACCAAGGCGACGGUCGGCCACCACAAGAACAAGGUCGUCACCCACCCCAGCGUGGACGGUGCGGCGAAGGAUGCAGUGUGUCCCGUUACAGGGAAGGCUCACUAGAGGCAGCUACAGAUGCGAUAUCAAUGCAUGGAGCAGAUGCUUGCUUGAUUACAGUC